UUAAUGGAUAUUAGGAGAAGGGUUUUUUGUUUUUUUUAAUUUAGGGAGAAAAAAAAAAUGUUCUUUUCACCACGACCUUCUGUUGUUGUUGGUUGCCACAGUGAUUUGGACUUGAAAGCGCCCAUCUUUUCAUGUCCAUUGACACUGAUUGUUGAUAUAUCACUUGGCUUGUUCAUGUCCUCUUUUGACCCUUUUAUUUCCAUUCUCUCCUCUCUUCUAUUUCUUCAUCUUUUCCAACCACUGUGCUGAAGUUACACUAAAGUUUUGUCAAGAGAAAGUCUGUUUGGUAAUGGGGUCUUUGGGAGGUGAAACUGCAAAGAAGAAGGCAAUGUGGCUCUAUCCAAAGGUUUUGGGAUCCAAUCCUUCCGAGAGAUGGGGGCACUCAGCUUGUUGUUCUCGAGUUGUUUACAUCUUUGGGGGAUGUUGCGGGGGUUUACAUUUCAGUGAUGUUCUCGUGUUACAUCUGGAUUCAAUGGUUUGGAACACUCUUAUAACUACGGGUCAAGGGCCUGGCCCAAGAGACAGCCACAGUGCUGUUCUUGUGGGGCACAGGAUGAUAGUUUUUGGUGGUACAAAUGGUUCUAAGAAGGUGAAUGAUCUUCAUGUUCUGGAUCUUGUGACCAACGAGUGGAUCCGGACUGAAUGUGAAGGGUCUCCACCAUCUCCUCGUGAAAGUCAUACUGCCACACUUGUUGGAGAUGACAAAAUAGUUAUAUUUGGGGGUAGUGGAGAGGGCGAAGCUAAUUACUUGAAUGAUUUACAUGUUCUAGACCUCAAGACUAUGAAAUGGACUUCCCCUGAGGUGCAGGGUGAUGUCCCUGUCCCUAGGGACAGUCAUAGUGCUGUUUCAAUUGGUAACAAGCUCUUCGUUUAUGGUGGGGACCGUGGUGAUCGUUAUCAUGGUGAUGUUGAUAUGCUUGAUAUGGAGACAUUGACUUGGUCAAGGUUGGCUGUUCAAGGAUCUUCACCAGGUGUGAGAGCGGGUCAUGCUGCUGUGAAUGUUAGGACAAAGGUCUAUGUCAUUGGAGGUGUUGGAGACAAACAUUAUUACAAUGAUGUUUGGGUCCUAGAUGUGAGUACUUGUUCAUGGACUCAGCUUGACAUAUGUGGCCAACGACCACAAGGGCGCUUUUCUCAUACGGCUGUUAUUACAGACUCGGACAUUGCCAUUUAUGGAGGGUGUGGGGAGGAUGAGCGUCCCUUAAACGAAUUCUUAGUCUUGCAGCUUGGAGCAGAGCACCCGAAUGGCCGAUAUAACAUUUCCAUGUGCAAAAUUUUUGGAAACCACUGGAAUCAAGAAAGGAGAAGCUUCCCUAGAGAGGCAGAUAAAAACCUGAAAAAUGUGCUCAUGGGGAAUAAUGUAGCAGUAAGAAAGAGAGCUCAUGAACCAGAAUCAGAGACAAAGCAAUGUUUUGGCUUUAGUUCAGAUACAUUGCAUCCAAAGAGAAGAAGAACUGCCAGUUCAAAGGCAUGGGAGGUUGAAUUAGAACAAGAAGAGCAUUCUCUUUCACUUUCUCAGCAUUCAUCUCCCUCACAAUCUGAUCAAGAACAGGCCUCACUUAAGAAAUCUGCCGAUUCCAUCUCAACCUCUCAUGGAUUUCAUUUGUUUAAGCAAAUUCCAAACAAUUACCAGUCUAACAACGGUCCUGCAAGUAAACAGAAAGAGCUUGGAAAUAUGGCCCGAAGAACUCAACAGGAUAUUCAAUUUCUAGGAGAACAUCAAAACCAGCUAAAUCUGGAAACGUGCCUUCAUGUUGUUCCUACAGGUAGACAAGGAGCCCAAUAUUCAGCAGUAGGGCAGAAAUCAUUGGAAGGAGGGCCUGUCCAAAACCUGAUUGGUGCGGAGGUCCGAGGUAAAGUUGAUGGAGCAUUCGAUUCAGGUCUCCUGAUGACUGCAACAAUUAAUGGGAAAACUUUUAGAGGAGUAUUGUUUGCACCGGCACCUGUAGUUGUUCCAAGAGGAGCAAUUCUUGCACAAGAUACUUCACCUAUGAUAAACCAGAUUGCUGUUGCUCAACCAUUUCCAAACUCAAACCAUGCAGAACCCUUCAAGUCCUUGCAGCAGCCAAUAAAAUAUCCCAUGCCAGAGUCCAGUCAUAGCUUCCAGCAAGCUCAAGUGACUCGACCAUAUCCAGUCAUGAGAGCUGCUCCAUCUCCAGCCAAAGAGCCAAAGCUCAGAAGUGAUCUUCAAGGUGUGGUUCUAACACUAGGAGGACCUGGAAGUGGCCAUGGCAGAUCAUAAACGCAUCAGAACUCCAAAUCAGGAUGGAUAUCUGGUCCAUAUACUAGAAUAAAAUUUUGUAAAUUUUUAUAUAGAAUCUCUCUUUUUUUUCGUUUGUUUAAUUAAUGGUUUCGGUUUCAGGCUUUCUGGUUAGGUAAGUUAGUUGGUCCCCCUCCCCCUGUAUCAACCAUCGGCCUAGAUGUUUCUUUGUUAUUGUAAUGUUAAAGAGUUAAAAGACUUCCUUCCUAAUGCUGUUUCCUUUUUUGUUGUUAGUGAUGAAAUCAAAAAAGAUCAUCUUUUAGAA